CCUCAGCUCAGUUCAUGUAAGGCAGAGGCAGCACAAAUAAGAUGACCCUUCCUUUCAUCUCCUCUCAAUUACCGUAACACACAAAUGUCCGCCAUUAGCUCACUGGUUUGCUCAAAUAUCUUUCGAAAUGGCUUCUUUCAGUGUCUCCCGAGCAUAUCAUCCAUUAUCACUCCAUUGCAGUUGAAAACGAGAAGCAGAUCCUUAGUUGUGUUAUCGAAUGAGGAUGAGUUGGUUCCAACUUAUUCAACGAGAAGACGAGCCCUGAACGUAUCAAUCUUGACGGUGUUGCUUUCGAUACCUUUCUCAAGCUUCGCUAUUGCCAUUGGUGAGGUGUUAGAGCUUGAAAGAUAUACGGAUUCAGCUGAAGGUUUCACUCUCCUCAAACCUUCUUCUUGGAGCAAGGUUGAUAAAGCUGGGGCAACUGCCCUGUUUCAGGAUGCAAACAAGGGAUCCAACAAUGUAGGCGUCGUGGUUAUACCUGUAAAAAUAACAACCCUCAGCCAAUUCGGAACUCCACAAUUCGUGGCAGAUAAGCUAAUUCUUGCUGAAAAGCGCAAGGAAAGUACAAAGGAGGCUGAAGUGGUUUCAGUAUCGGAGAGAACGGGUGAAGGAGGUCUUCAAGUAUAUGAGUUUGAAUACAAGGUCGAUAGCACGAGGGGAGGGUUGAAGAGGAUACUUUCUGCUGCAUUUGUUGCGUCUGGCAAGCUCUAUCUGUUAAACAUCGCUCACUCUGAUGGGUCAGAAGGUCCUAUUGAUCCUGAUAGAAGAAAUACGUUGGAACAGAUUCUUCAUUCCUUUGAUAUUGCUCCUUCAACUUAAAUCGACAUGAGCUCUUUUUUCCCCUUCAUUGAGCUUCAUACUGGGAUCAAAACCAAAGAUAUGCCCCAGGUUUUUUUCUUUGGGGUGAUGUGUUGUAAUUCUUCUACUUAAUAGUACUAACCUGUUUAUCUUUAAUACGAGCCUCACAUUCGUCUUGA